AUGGCAGAUUUGGAUAAAACGGAAUCAGAAUCAAUAAUAAUAAUAGAUGACGUAGAUUUAUCCACCAAAGAAAUAAAGACCCAAAAAUCAGAUUUUAAUCCAAAUGUUGAUAUCCAGAUACAAUUAACAGAAACUCUCGGCGGUUUCUUUCAUGUGACAUUUGGAAAUUCCGUGGACUUUAUACUCGCCACUAUAACUUUAAAACAAGGAGAAAUAGGAAUGGUGCACUCCUAUUUAUUCGGCUCAAUAAUCUCUAGCCUUUUGCUGAUUCUCGGAUUAAAAUGUCUAAUAUUUGGAAUCAAAGUUCGAGAUCUUCCAUAUCCAGACACCACCGCAAAAGUAGAUGCUAGUUUGAUGACAUUAUCUUCAUCGUUGUUAGUCGUGUUUGGUGCAUUAAUGCACAACUCGAAUUCUGCCACGAUAUUGAAGUUUAGUCGGUGCGCGGCAUUGUUGAUGCCUUUGAUUUAUGUUUUUUAUUUGAUAUUUAAGUUAAAAACACAUCGAUAUCUAUACAUUAAAAUUUACGAGCAACCCAAGAAACAAAAUAAUAAGCCAUUUUCGCUGCCCUUAGUUUUCUUAUUCUUAAUAAUUUUGGUUGUCUUGUCAGGACUUUCUGCUGACAUGUUGGUGAAUUCAAUCGAAGGGCUUGUUAAGGUUUCAGUGAUGAGUCGAUCUUUCAUUGGGUUAUUUCUGCUUCCGAUAGUGGCAAAAGUACCAGAGAUCCAUUCGGUGAAAGAAUGUUAUUUUGGUAAACAGAAAUUUCCGGAAGCUAUUUGCGAAGUAUCAGAUACUUGUGUACAAAUUUCUUUAUUUAUUGCGCCGUUUCUUGUAAUUCUCGGUUGGAUCAUCGGUAAACCAAUGACACUGGCAUUCAAUCUUGUCGAAACUAUUGCGUUAUUUCUUUCGGUGUAUUUGACAAGCAUAUUGGUUCAGGGAAAAUCGAAUUGGCUAACUGGUGUUCUUCGACUUGCCAUUUUUGCAAUAAUGGGAAUGGUAUUCUUUUCUUUCACAGAUAUUAACGCUAAUUAG